CCAGAGAGAAGCAACCUGGCCGGCGUGCGGCACGUGCUGCUGGUGCUCUCGGGCAAGGGCGGCGUGGGCAAGAGCACCGUGGCCACCGAGCUGGCCCUGGCCCUGCGGCUCGCGGGCAAGCGGGUGGGGAUCCUGGACGUGGACCUGUGCGGGCCCAGCAUUCCCCGCAUGCUCCGGGUGCAGGACAGCGCCGUGCACCAGUGCAACAGCGGCUGGGUGCCCGUCUUCGCCCACCAGGACAAGAGCAUCUCGCUCAUGUCCAUCGGCUUCCUGCUGGAAAAGCCCGAUGAUGCUGUGGUGUGGAGAGGACCCAAGAAAAACGCUUUGAUAAAACAGUUUGUCUCUGAUGUGGCCUGGGGGGACCUGGACUUCCUCAUUGUGGACACUCCUCCGGGCACCUCGGAUGAGCACAUCUCCACGGUGGAGGCUCUGCGGCCGCACAAGCCCCUGGCAGCAAUCCUGGUCACGACGCCUCAGGCAGUGUCUGUGGCGGACGUGAGGCGAGAACUGACCUUCUGUAAGAAGACGGGUUUGCGAGUUCUUGGCAUCGUGGAGAACAUGAGUGGUUUCGUCUGCCCGCAUUGCUCGGAGUGCACAAACAUCUUUUCCAAAGGGGGAGGUGAGGAACUGGCAAAGCAUGCCGGAGUCCCUUUCCUCGGCUCUGUGCCCCUGGAUCCACAGCUCAGCCAGAGCUUGGAGGAUGGCAGAGACUUCAUCCAAGAGUUUCCCAAGAGCUCUGCCUUCCCGGCCCUGGCCCACAUUGCCCAGCAGAUCUUGGAUGGGACCCCGCGAAGCUCCUGACAGGGCUGUUGAGUCGGACUCUUGCUGGCUGAGUUCCUUCCGAGCAGCCCCUAGGAUACUUAGAGCAGGGAGGGAGGGAGCAUCUCACUGGUGCCACCUCUGGAGAAUGGAAAAGGGAAGUGCYGCUCCACCUUGCCCUGGGUUCGAGGAGACUCUGGUGGGUGCAUCUGCUCAUCUGCAGCCUCCUUCUUGCCUUCUGAACAGGCAGGUUCUGCCUGCCUGGUGCUGUUGUUCUAGGCCCUCCCACGCUGUGCACCCCUCUGCGAGCUGCUCCCUUGCACAGGUACUUGUGGA